UAACUGACGCCAUUGUUGUUUACAGAGAGGGAGGACGCUUGUACGGGACGGUUUCUUUUACUGUCUGGGGAGGUGGCUUGGUUUUAUUAAUUCAUUUGUAACUGUUUUUUUUCCUCAAAAAUGGUGCUUACAUGUGCCUAUCCUGGAUGCCGCAACCUGUUUAAAAGCGUAAGACUACGCGCGUCAACUCAAACGGGAAAAUUGACUUUUCACCGAUUCCCAACGUUUGAGCCAGAUAGACUGCAUUUAUGGUUGCUUGCUCUUCAGAUGGAUAUUAACACACCCAUGAGGUUACUCAAAGUAUGGAGGGUCUGCAGUGAACAUUUUUCCUCUGAUGAUUUUAAAUCCAUCCGUGGGAAUCAAGUCUUACUUAAAUCAUCAGCGGUUCCCAUGUUUGUUUCACAAAGAGCGGAGGAGACUGUGAUUGAACCAGACGCCCUGUCAGCAGACAACAGUUGGGACAUAGAAGAAGAAGAUGAUGAAGUGUAUUAUGCAGAUGAUUUUGAGUCAACUUCAGGAAAACAAAAGAACCCCAGAACCUCCCCUGAACAACAUGGUCAACUCAUUUUGAAUGUUACAAAUCCACCUACAGAACCAUCUACAUAUCUAUCUUCCUCUGGGUCCUACUAUGCUCUUCCACCCACACGGCACUACCAAAUGAAUGAUCCUGCUGAGGCUGUGCUACAAAUGGAAGAAUGUUAUGAUGUAAACGCCACCAUGGAUUCUGGUGCUUAUUCAGAAGGUGAGAACUCUGGGCUGGACUACAUGUCUGCAGCAGGUGACUUUGUGGCCAGUGAGGAUUCCAAAGGAUAUCUGGACAUGUACCAGGAAGAGGACAUGGCCCAGUGUUCAGAAGAGCUUGUGAUCACUAAAGUUGAGGACACUAAUGAAAUGGCACUGGAACAGAAUGAGGAUUACAUUGGGAUAACAGAAGCGGAUGGACCAGAAGAUUCACAAACACAGAGAGCCAAAGACAUAAAAUGCCGGACUAUGGAAUCGUCUGCUGUAAUGGCUGAUGACAAAAGAGUUAAAGCAACCCAGCCCUCCGUCAUAAUGCCUUUGAAGAUCAAGGAUGAACCUAUGGAUGAGGAGUGCAAGAAAGCUCAACAUUCCCCAAUGGGUAACAUCAAGGAUGAUGAGGAUUUUGACCAAACACCAGAUGAUGUCAAGAUAAAAGGAGCUCCAGUAGGCAUCCCAGAAAAGCCACCAUCAAUCCCAGCUAAAUCCAUUCAUACUUUAAAACGACAUGGUGUGUUGUGCACAGCCUGUAAUAAGGUCAUGCUGAAGGGUCAUACAGCAUUCCAGCGUAGUGGCUCUUCUAAACUUUACUGCUCCCCUCAAUGUCUCUGCGGCUCCAAGAAGAAAACAUGUCACUGCUGCCUGAAAGAGAUUUGUGAUGAGAAUAUCAAAAUUGCCCUGGUAGACAUGUCAGGGACUGUAAAGGAGUUCUGCAGUCAGAAAUGCCGCAAUGCUUUAAACUUCAAGUGCAGUGUGUGUCAGAAGAAAGGAGUGACUCAUAGUCAUGAGGUGAAUUACAUGGGCUCUAUCCAUAAGCUGUGCAGUGACAGCUGCUUCAGUCAGUUCCGCUCCUCCAAUAAGCUGAACAUGAACAGCUGUGUGAACUGUGGAGGAUAUUGCUAUGGCAUAGAUGGUCAGUGUCCGUCCCUGUGGAUGGAGGACAGAGUUAUGAAGUUCUGCAGUCAAAACUGCCUCACAGCUUACAAAAAGAGGAGUCUGAAACUUGUCACCUGCAAAAUGUGUCAUGCCCUGCGGCCAGCUGCAGAUGCAGUGGACAGUCCAAACUCAGAGGGCAUCAGGGAGCUUUUCUGCUCCACUUCCUGUGUCAUGGCGAGUAAAGUCCAGACUGGCAGUUCGUCAGAUGUUGCUGUGGAAUGCAACAACUGCAAGCUGAAACUAGUACCUCAGUACCACAUAUCCAUGCUUGAUGGCUCCGUUCAGAACUUCUGCUCUUAUUCUUGUGUACUAGCAUAUCAGGAGUCCCUCAGUAAGACGAAACCUAAAAUGGCGGUAAAAACUGUUACCUCUACAAGUAGCAACGCAUCUACCCCAAAUCCGUCUUCUUCAGACUCCAGCUCAUCAGUGGAGACUAGCACUACAAGUGGUCCAGUGCAGACAGUCACCAAGAUCCCCUGCUUUCAGUGUCUGAACUCAUUCUUUCACAGACCAGAGCUGCUGGAGUUUAGGAGGAAAAUGUACGCUUUCUGUGGUGACACUUGUAUUGAUGAGUUCAGAAGGAUCUACCGCAUGGAGGCUCGCUGCGAAUACUGCAAGCUUGAUAAAACUUUAAAAAUAGUGAGAAGGAUAAACAAGGUUGACCAUUCUUUCUGCAGUGAGAGAUGCAAGACACACUUUGAGAAUAGCCUCUUCAAACGCUGGGGAAAGAAACGCUGUUGCAACUGCUUCUACUGUAACAGCACUUCUAAGACCGUAGUGACGGAUGUCUUUGAUGGCAAGCAAGAGGAGUUCUGUGGGAAAGAUUGCUUGCUAAAACAUAAUUUGUUGAUCCGUCAGGAAAUAAAGUGCUCAAUGUGCAAGCAGAUGAGAAAGAUGACUGAGACUGUGAAAUGGCUGGGUGAGAUGAAGCAUUUCUGCAGCCUGCGGUGCUUGAUGUUCUUCUGCAGUCUGCAGGGCAUCACUGGAGCCGUGAUCAAAGCUACAAGUAAAUCUCUAGCCAAACAAGGUGUGGCCCCAGGAUCCUCUGCAGUUCCUCGAAGUACUAAAGAGGGCACACAGCCCAUUGCAAAAGUCGCCUCGCUUUCAAGUGCAUCCAAUGAACAGCCAGGUGUUUUGGGAAGCACAAAUCCAAAAGGCUCUGUUCCUGUAAAAGUCACAGGAAAUAGACAAGCUGUGAAAGCUUCUGGUUUGUCAUCCAAAACCCCAAAUGACGACAAGGAAUUGCCUUAUAAGUCCAUGAGCAAAAACAAAGCCACGUCCUGUAAACCCAACAUCUGUGAUGCUGAGACACAAAUAGAUGGUACUCCUAAAGUAAUAGUGCUACCUGUGCCAGUACCAGUGUAUGUGCCAGUUCCCAUGCAUCUCUACACUCAAUACAUUCCACAGUCUGUGGGGCUUCCACUUCCGGUUCCGGUGCCUUUGUUCUUCCCUACAACUCUGGACAGUGCUGAGCACAUUGUGAAGACCAUUCAGGAAAUCAAAGAGAAGAUCCCUGAUGACCCUCUGGAGGCCGACCUCCUCAUGAUGGCAGAGAUGGUGGCUGAGGAUGCAGAGGAGGAAAAACAAAUCAGCUCUAGUGAUCAGACUGGUAGCAUAAUGGAGGGCCUUGAUUUGGAAGAUCUAUCUAGCAAUCUGAGUUGGGAGGAGGACUCUGUGUCUUCUGCCCAGACACAAGAUCAAACUCCAGAGCCUGAGAAAAAGCCUCCAUCCCGAUCUGCCACACUGACCCCUGUCUCCACCGCAGCAGAAGAGCCACAGAUGGACUUGGAGGCAGAUUUCCCAAUCGAAAGAAUUGAACUUUUCAGAAAGCAAAUGCAAAAGGAGAUCAACUCUGGCAAACAGAGAUCACGCAAGAGAGGACACGAUGGCUUCCUUGAGAAGAAACAAGACAGUAAGCGUGCAUCAGCCCCUCAAAACAGCCUCUCCAAACUGCAACAUGAAUAUGGAGUCCAAGCCUGGAAGAAGUGGGUAUGCUGGAGGAACGCCCAACCCAACAUGGAGACUCUCAAAUUUAGCUUGCGCAGUAUGACACUAAAGGAGGACUUGCUGAAGUGUUGCACAGCUGAACUAAGCUACGGCCUCUGCAAGUUCAUUUCUGAAGUGCGUCGACCCAACGGAGAGAAAUACAGCCCUGACAGCAUCUUUUAUCUCUGCUUGGGAAUCCAGAAGUACUUGUUUGAGAAAAAUCGGAUGGAGAACAUCUUCGCAGACGUCUUCUAUGCCAAAUUCUGCCAGGAGCUGACCAACAUCCUCCGAGGGUGGAAACCAACUAUUUCGUCCAGUGGUUACGUUCAUUCUCGUGUGGAGGAGUAUCAUCUGUGGGACUGUAAGCAGCUGGGGGCGUUUUCACCAGGUGUGCUGCUCAACACUCUGCUCUAUUUCUUCACCAAGUACUUCAACUUCAAGACGGUGGAGCAGCACCGUCGCAUCUCUUUUGGCCACAUUAAACGCUACUCUCGAGGACAGGCCAACAACAAAGUGUCUUUCCUGCGUUUUUAUCCCCCAAAAGAGGAUACAAGCACGGACGGUGUCCCUCUAAAGAAGAAGAAGGAAGCUGAACAGCAAAGGGUGCUAAAAAUACGGCAGAAUUCAGACAAUCCCCUCCGCUGUCCUGUCAAGCUGUACGAGUUCUAUCUAUUAAAAUGUUCGCCCGGCAUAAGACAUGACACAACCCAGUUUUACCUGAGCCCCGAGCGCUCCUGUGUACCCAGCAGUCCCACAUGGUUCUCAACCACUUCACUGAGUGAUGAGGCUCUGGACAGCAUGCUCACACGAAUCCUUACUGUCAGAGAGCUGCACCUGGAGAGAGACCAAUCACCCAAUGAGACGGAUUCGGACAGUGACUCAGACUUCACACCAUUUUAGUACCGCAAUAUCGAGAAAAACUUGAAUAUGUCCUCUUGGAUUUUGACUGUUGGUCUGAAUGCUGGAAAGCAAGUGGUUUGUCAUUUUUUUUUUUUUUUUCAUUUUCAAUCUUCUUUUAGUUACAAGAGGAUACAACUAUACAGUGGGAUUGUUGUAAGUCACCACCUUUGUAUUAUAUUUAAACACUAAUGGCAUUGACAGCAUCAUUCCAAAAGAAAGAUAUUAAAAUUGUUUUUCAUCGCAAGCCAUGUUGGUCAAAAUACAUGGAAUGUUCCUGAAA